AACAAAACCUAGAAACAACACUUAUCGGCUUUUUAAUUAAAGCAGAAAGCAAUGCAAAUUAACUAACGAUGUUCACGCUUUCGAUUAGGCUGCACGGCACGAGAUAGAAUGAUCAACUGUAAUUAGUAUUAAGCGGCGCUGACGGCGCGUCCCACUGCUCCACUGCUCUCCAUUCGCACGGUGAUGCCAACCUCUCCGCGCAGGGGAAAAAAAAAAAUUCAAAAAAAAUAUAUAAAGUUAACCGAUCAAAAGAAGAAUCUGUGGCGUGCCCUCAUUCAGUGUUCGCGGAGACGAGGUUCCUAGCGGCCCGGUUAAACCACCGCCCAGCUCCUCCCCACCGUGGGGCGUCGGCGAUACGAACGAAGUUCCCAGCGAUGGAUCGGCUGGCAUGAGCGGCGGCGUUCGCCUCCUUCAAGUGAACUUCCCCUCAGCGCAGCGCGCGCUGGCGCCGAAGACGCUAGUUUCGCUAUAGGCCAAUCCGACGAACGCGAGCCCUCGCAGUCGCAUGAGAUACACCGUCGUCGUCGACGAGUGAAUUCACGCCGGUUUCUCCCGCCGAAGCCGUACAGGAAAAGUGUGUGUGUCAAGUGGACGUCGAUAGCGCCGGCGACCGAACGACCCGACCCCAAGAUGAACGGAGGAGCGUACGGCGCUGGCAAGGCCGGCGGAGGAUUCGAUCCCAUCGGUUUCGCGCUAAAACCGCAAGUCAUGCUUAGGAUAUUAUGCUGGCUAUUUGCCAUUGUGGUGUUUGGGUGCAUCUCCUCCGGUGGCUGGGUGGACGAGCGGUGCCAGUACAACAGUGACUCCAACGCUUGCAACUUCGGCGUGGCCGUCGGAGUGCUGGCCUUCCUGGGCGCCUGUGGCUUCCUUGCCAUCGAGGCCAUGUUUGAGAGCUUCUCCAGCAUCAAGAUCCGUCGCCGGGCCGUCGUCGCCGAUAUGGCAUUCUCUGGCCUGUGGGCAUUCAUGUGGGUCGUGUGCUUCUGCUACCUGUCCGACGCCUGGCGCAAGUCGGACAUGCCAAGUGACGGCUAUGGCCUCAACAACAUUCGGGCGGCCAUCGCCUUCAGCUUUUUCUCCAUGUUCACGUGGGCGGGCUGCGUGUUCCUCGCCUACCAACGCUACCGACAAGGCGCCGACGCACCCUUCAUGCCGAGCUACGACGCCGACCCCACUGGCAUGGGCGGCAUGGGCGGAGGCGGGGGCACACCCUUCACUGGCGGCUACCCCGGGGACAUGGGCGAUGCCUACCAGGAGGCCCCCUUCUCCACCAAGCCUGACCCCGGAGGCAUCGGUGGUGGAAACUUCCAGGCACCGGCCUACUAGGCUGCCCCGCGUCCCCCGUCUGUGAUCCCUCUAGCUCCCUCUCUUUUGGGUCCUCCUCUUCCCUCUUCAACCCAUAUGAGUGUCUCCAGCCAAGGGGAGGGAAAAAUGAUGGUCUACGUGUCUUCUGUCUGUGUGUCAGCCAUGCGCAGGGCCUCGUACUGCGUGCACAGCUGGGAGCCCCCCCCCCAUUUCAUAUCUUCGCCACUUAUACGCUGUCAAGGAAAAAAAUUUGGAGCCGAGUGGUGCACCGUGGAGUCCUACUCAAACCGUUCUAUGCAGAGUGUGACCAGGGUGUUUGUUCCUAGUGUGUGAAAGUACUUGGUGUGAGGACAGCUCCAAAGAGACAAGGCAUGGCUGGAACUAGGUGUUGGGUGUUCUUUUGAGCAGUUUGUUUGUUUUGCACUCGCCGACAGCCUAAAUGCUGCUGUCGCAGUGGUUUCUGGUUGUGCGAAUUGAAGGUCCUGCCCGCUCUAUAUGACACGCGUCGAAGCAAAAUAUUUGCAAUGUUGGCUGGACAGCGAAGCCUAAUAUAGUUUGUGGUAGUUUGAUGCUUACAAAAAAAAAAAAAAAAAACGCUUAGUUGACUUGUGUUGUUACCAGGUGACACCACAGUUGUCUUUCUUUUAAUUUGACUGCAUGUCAGGAUCUUGCAUAAGGGGCCUCACAGCCGUGCACAGUAGGAGACUCUGCUAUGGAUGUAUGGUUACCGUUGGUGUAUUCGGCCAGAGGAAAGCAUGGCAUUUGCUCUGACUUGCCUGUAGCUAGAAGCAAGGGCAGAGAAUUAAAUUAGGUUUAUUACUCUAGGCAAGCCCUACUUAGUUGUACGGUCACAAUGAGCAGUGGCUCAGUUGCUCGGCUUGUACUUAACCUGAAAUAUCAGUGCACUUGAGGAAAAAACUUGUGCAGUCAGGACAUCACGUGUUUGACUUACAGCCACUGGUACUACCAUAAUAUUCCGAGUCACCGUCCACCUCGCCAGUGGACAUAACUUAUCGGGGAAAAAUGGGGUGGGUGAUUUCUCCACGUUCACAAUACAAGGUUGAAGAAUUGCUGACAGCAACCAGCGAGCAACGCAUUUGCAAGUGUUUGCCAGAGAGAGGAACGUGCUUGCCGCACAUCACUGGCUAGAGUAUGCUUUUGAGAACACAGAAAGGCAGGCAUGUUGCUUACAGUCACAACAGUCACAGUUACAACAACAAACAUGUUGCUUACAGUCACUUACAGAUUGCUCCUUGCAUGAGAGUGCGCAUUGUGUGAUUUGUAGGGCUUUUGCCAUGGCAGCUGAUGAUCUCCCGUUUGUGUUUUGUCAAAUUGAUAUUUUGCUACACAAGGGAGGAGGUGGGCACAAUACGGAGAUUGGGGAUGACUCGGGAUAUUGUGGUAUAAAUGCUGGAGAAUGAGAUAGCUGCAGCAGUGCUCGUGUACUAAAACUUAAGACAUUUGCAUUUUUUUUGAGGAUCCACAUCAGACAUUGUCGCUCUUCUGCCAACACGUUUCAAGAACAGGACUGAACACAUGUGCAGAAUACCCAGUGGCAAAAAGAAAAAAAAGGUAAAUAAGGCGACGAAAAGUGCGCAGGUCGUCUGGUUUAUGCAUUGAGAACAAUGGAACAUAUCCUCAGAGGAUAGAUGAGCCUGGCAUCCUUCCAACGUUUUUGUUAAAAGGCUGACUUUUGCUCGAAAACUCAUCAUUGCAAUGUACAGCUAGUGGAAAUUGUGGCUAGCUAAAAUUUCAGGUCUUUUUCUGAUUGCCUGUGUACUUUACGUGCAAAUGCCAUGUUUCUCUCCAAGGCCACAGUGAAUGGCUGUAUAGAUUUCAAGUGUACUCUGGGUUGUGUUGAAGAUGGCGUGCAUGUCCCCACGGCAGCCUAGUCGAGUAGACACUCUGUUACUUUUCCCCGCAAGAAGAGUCUACUCUCUUAAAAGUAUAUCCAGGAACUCAUCAACAAUUGAUACAGUGUUGAUGCUGUUGACAGCCUAUAUACGUUGGACGGCAAGAAUACUGACAAACAUCUCACGCACAGCGGAAGGCAACCAAAUUGCGAGCAUGGGCUUGAUAAAUGCUUAAUGCACGCUCAAAACGCUCUCGACACCAGUAAGAAGUGGUACGGAAAACAACUGUGAGAGCAAAUGUUGUAGAAGACACCACGUGCGUUCUCAGACAGUGAAGCCGCGUUAGGUGUCAGUACCCUCACCAUCCCCACUCUAGUUUUUCGAGCUACAAUGGAUUGGCAAGCGUUUGACUUCUGGCUAAUCACAACCUUGAUUGAAAUAACCCUAUUUCCAGGCUCCGAAGAACGAAACCCCAUAUUACACCCAUUUCCUACACUUUCAAAAGUUCCCCAACCUUUAAGGUGCAACUUUGUCUCUCAGUGUCAACAUUGUGUGCAUUUUUUUCCAACGCUGCCUGCCUAGUAAUUUCCCCCCAGGGAAGCCAUGCUAGUCUGUUUCACAGUAUUCCUGCCCAGGAGUGUGGCUGGCUCAGGGAAUGCAGACCAGAUUGACAAAAACCAUUGAUGCAUGAUCAGAAAUACACCAAAAAAGAUGUACAAUUUUAAAGAGUGUACAAGAUCUCAGAGCACCUGUGUGAAGCUGAACUGCCGUUAUCAGGAACAUCUGUUGCUAAUAAUGGCAGGAAUUUUUUUUUUCUUCUUAAUGAGAACCAUGAUAUUGUAAUCUUCUGUAAACAUUGUGAAGAGCGGUACCAGUGAUGAUGAUCGUGGCAUCUUAAAACAAGAGCGCAACCUUGUAGAUGAAGUAAGAAAUGCGCAUCCAUUGCACAAUUCAAGCUCCAAUAUGUACGUGAUGCACAAAGCAGAGCAGGACGCGCAUACUGUAGUGCAGUGCGUUCACUGCUGUGGGAAAGCUCGUACUCUAGAAAUUUCUGGCGUGCCACGAACUUGAACGUACGGCUGUGGCAGAUUCUACAAUUGCAGAACUUCUGCCAUUCUUGACAAGCAUGAACCCACUUCACCGUCUAGUCUUGGAGACGCUGCCUUGCAGCCUCCAGCCAUAACGUCGCCGCAACUAUUACUUAUCACCCUGUCCAUCAAGGGCUGCACAGUGAUGCAACUAAAUUGUGGGCAAAACUGAAUGAUAGCUGUUGUUUUAAUCACCAAAUUAUUUUCCGGAUGAUCUCAUUUGGCACUAUGUGCUGCUUUGGAUUGUAGAGGACAAUAUGUAUAGCCAGGGGCAAAAGUUUGUGGACCGCACCCACAGAGAAAACACUGAAGUUCACUAUGGCCUAUAGAUGCAGCUUUCAAGAGAGAAGGGACCAUUAAAUUUCUUUGCCCGAGAGUGCUAGUGUGUCACUUGGUUUCCGGUGGUGCACGUCGAAUUCGGCGAAUCCUUUGUGUUUUCGCAUCAUGCGCAGUCCAGAAACUUUUGUCCCCGACCCCCAAGUCAUUUCUUGGCCACUAGCAUCUGCCAAAAGACACUUUUGUGUUUGUCAUUGGCUCCACAUGGCACGUGUAAUUAGGAUGCUCUAGUCAAGUUACAAUAUUUUCUCUCGGAUUUUUGUCAUACUAUUUUGACAGGUUGUGUUGGCAUGACGCCUUGUGGAAGACAUGUUGCAAGUCUUUGAUGGCAUGCGUUGUGAUCAUCUCCCUUGAAGAUGCGUUCCAGUGAUGUUCAUUUGCAUUUCAGUUGUGAUACUGAAAAUGGCCAACACCAUGAACUGUCCACUCAGUAAAUUAUUACUGCCAAAUUGUUGCACUGCAGAGCCACUGUCGGUGUAACCAUGAGAUUCUUUUUGUCCGUGCAGUGUUGCCGCGAUAACGGGUGCACAAUGGACAAACUGGAAAUAACCGUGGCAUAUCUAGUCUCUGCCCAGAGAGCUACGCUCGGCUGCAGAAGAAAACGGACGGUGCUGAACACGCCGUCGACAUUCCACACUGCUCCUAUAAUCUUGUCGAAAUGUUGUCCUUGCUUCUGUCCCGUCAUUCAAAAGUCACGCCCGCACAACUAGACUCGACGUCAAAAGGUGCCAGCAUCGGAACGACGGACAACCGCGUGCACUUUCUCCAUGCUUCUAGUCGUCGUUACAAACCCUGCCGUGUCUUAAACACUCGUCAAAGAAAUCCAUGCCCAUAUAUCACCGCUUUCUCUCUCUUCGCGACUUGCGAUUACUUCCGUCACUCGGCAAGAAAAAAAAAAAAGACUGCAAUAACGAAAAUGUAUUUUUGUGCGAGGCGUGCACACACACACAAUAGACACCCGCAAUAACCGUGCCUCGGAAGGAAACGUUUGGUCGGCUGUCGUGUGCUGUCUUUGGGUAUACGUUGGAUCAGGAAUGCAUUUUACCGCUCCUAAGUGGCUAACUGGCAAUCUGCCCAGCUUUCAUGACUCCAUAUCAACGCUGCAUUCAUGAACCAACAUAAUGCAUCUGCAUGUUUAUCACUGUUUUGGCUAGGUUUUAAGUGGACAAGGGAUCUUCGUUCGCUUUUUUGUAGUCUGAGACAAGUUCCGUUGAAACACCAUGGCAUUGAAAUAUAUUUGCAUCUUUAGAAAAUGUGGCUUACAUUGAUGUUUUAAAAGAUGUUCGUUUUUAUCCUGUUAGCUGACACAUUUCCUGUCUCGUCUACAGUAAAAGCUACCCAAAUUUAUGGCAUGAUUUUCUAUAGUGAGCAAUGGACCACAACCUUCUGACAAGCUUCCCUCCAUGUCUUGCAGAACAUCCGGGACCUUGUGCAGACUGGCUGAACUCGCACUUGCUGUUGCUUACUUUGCCCUCUCCCAUUUAUAGCACAACAUGGAGAUGAACUUGCAAGAUGUUGAUCUGUUCAGACACAUUUUUACACCUAUCGCAAAUAAUUUUCAAGUACGCAAGAGUUAAUGCAAAUCAAACUCCAACGCAGGCUGAACAUUGCUACAUGUUUCUUUCAAGUACGCUUGACUUCGGUUUGCAGUACUCAGCUACGCUCUGCGCUCUAAUCUUACUUGAGAAAUUCAGUACUUGAGAUGGAGGAUCGAAAGUGGCCAGUGCUGCAAAAGGUAUUACAGCAGGCAUCGCGGUCUUGAGAAAGGAAGACAUAGACAGAUCUAAGUGGUAGUCAUUGCAGACUUUGCCGGUUUGAUUCAGGACUUGUACUAACGUGUGCAAUUAGGACUUGCACUUACAUUUUUAAUUUCAUGAGCAAUUUUUUAAAGCACAAGUUCAUUUCACUGAAUGAUGCUCGUUAAUGUCUUUUAAGGAGACUGCCACCAUCACACUGUUUCCCUUGCACUUGUAUCCUGAACGCUGUAACUGCCAUAGAUGAUGCUCCUUUAGAAUGAUGCCAGUAAUCAGCAAUUUACGCCUUUUUGCUUGCUUUCCCACUGAUUCUGAUGCCCAGAAUAUUACCAUACAAAAUGAAACCUAUUAUCAAAGUGUUUAAGGACCGUCACCACUGCACACUCUAAACCGAGACAGCAUGGUGGACGUUCGUUCCAGCGUCUGCAGCAAAACCGAAGGAAAGUACUGAUGCCGAGUUGUCAAAUUUGUAGUUUUAUGAAGAGCCGUCAUUGCCCCCUCACGCGUGUAUUAAGCUUCCCUCGCUAGCUGCGUUCUUGAGCGAAAUGCCAUGCAGGCGAUGUAGUAGGUGCAGACAUUUCAGCUGCGCUGACUGCUGACAUUCUACUGGCUUACAGUGGUGACGACGCGCCAAAUUUUCGCAGUCGUAAUCUGUCGCGGUCUUGAAGGUGGCUACAAAAAGAUCUGCUAGCUUGCCCAGGGUAACGUGCCCCGACAGAUAUGUGGUCGUCUGGUGUAAAAACAAAAAGCCCACGUCUGCUGAGGAACUGAACACGGCACGGCGUACAACAGAUUAUUCUACAGAUGGAUUUUAAAAAUUUUUUGCUUUUUGUAUAUGCAUCCGCCUGGUUUUAAGGGUGCUAAUGGUCCUGAAAGUCUCACAGUUGGCAGCGACCGUAAUAAGCGAGUUCAUCUAAAGCUGCCCGAGCGUGAGUCUCGACUGCUCAAAAUUGGCGACUGCGAAGCAGACGAGCAGUGGAUUUUAGCAGCACAUGGGAAUCGCGAAAGUUGUGGGUUGGGGCGUAAUCCGACAGAAGUGAGCAAACAGUGCAGCCAUACGGGAACGCACACCCGUCAGCUCCACCUGUCUGCAAACUUCUUUCAUGUUGGCCUUAACUGAGACAGAGCCCGUUUGAGCCGACGUUAUACACACCCAAGGGAAGGCGUCGUGUACCAUAUUCUCAAUGUAAACACACCUAUUCACUGGUCUAUGUUGUACAUAUUAACAGUGUCUCUCGCGUGCCUGUACAUAUAUGCUUGUGACAUCCUUAUCGCAUAUGCCUUGUUUACAGUGUAGAGGACAUUUGCAAGCAGGCUGGUGUCGUUCUAUGUGUUCACCGCAGCACAAAGCAGCUUCCAGAAUCUUACCGACGAGCUACAGCGAGGCAGGCUACUUGUGCAUUGCAUACAUUUCUCACACAAGCUAGGCUCAUGGACAUUAUUAUUAUUAUUAGUUUUUUGCAUCACCAAGAUGGUUUAGAGGUGCCGUCUGUCAAAGAUUUAGUCUUCACCUUUUUUUUUGUUCCAGCAGAAAUGCAAUAAGGCUCCUUGUUCACGGUGACUAGCUCAAGCGUUUUUAAUGCUUACGCACUGUGUUGCCAUCUGCUGCAUAAGCGUGAUGAAGCACUGCAUUCCCCUCAACCAAAAGCUUCGUUGCGUGCAACAUGUCUUUGAGCCAGACUGAAAAUGUGGGUGUGCGGAGCUCUGUGAACAACACACAGAGGCCGUUCCACACAUUCUGUUCCACUCGGAAAGCAUUAGACGCCUUUUGAUUAGCACUCCGGCACUUAGCGUAACUUCGAGCUUUUAGAAAAGCUCAGCGUGUGCGAGUUAUUCAUGAAAUGCACGGCAGCUGUAAUCCCGCGGCUCGCAUUUAUUUCCAAUUGCGUAGCUGUUUUCGCGAGUGCACGGCGUCUCGUGGGCUAGCAGGCUGCAAUCAUUUAGGAUGCCUUGGUUAUCAAAGGUCACAUUUGAUUUCUCCGGUCAAAUGAGCCUUGUUUGCGUGUUUGUUUCAUCAGCAGUGUGUUUGUGACACGAGUGCGUUUGGUUGUUUCACGUGAGGUUUCGCGAGGGUUUGCAAUUUUGUUCAUGGUGUCACGGUUGCGAAAAAAAAAAAAAAUGCUCUAGAUGAUGUUUGUGCAUGUGCACGCGUGUGAUAUAACUAUUAUGUAGUUGAAGGAAGCAACAUGUUAAUGUAACUAGUUGGGAGGAAAUAAAGGAUGCUGUCACACCA